CUUUGUUAUACAACGCAAAGAGAUGCUGUAUGUGCCUAAAACCACUAUCAGCCGGUCGCCCUAGACCACUGAUGUUGCGUCAUCUUUUAUCUCAGGCUUUGUCAAGAACCCAGCCUUGCACCGUCGGCAGCUUCAUCACCAUCCGCAACAUGAGCACCACCAAUACAUACAAUGUCUCCCCCUUCACCACGGCCGUGGUCUCCUCCAUGCGCCGCCUCUAUCCUGAAUCCCUGGCUGAUAAAUCCUUUGACAACACCGGCUUUCUCGUCCAAGCACCGUUCCUCUCUUCGCGCCCGCGCAAUCGGAACUCCGUCCUCCUAACCGUCGACCUCACCCGCGCCGUCGCCGACGAGGCCAUCGAGAACAACUACUCCAUCGUGGUCUCCUACCAUCCCAUCAUCUUCCGCGGCCUCAAGUCCAUCACCACCGAAGACACGCAACAACUCUCCAUGACCCUCCUUCUCGCGCACGGCAUUAGCGUGUACUGCCCGCACACCGCCGUUGAUACCGUUCCCAAUGGCAUGGCAGAUUGGCUGUGCGACAUCAUCACCGGAAAGACCGAUGUUCCCGAAGAGCAUGCACAUACCGCGACACCCUCGUCCCCAACGUCGGAGACUGAAGUCACUACCAGCGACGAGAGCGAGAAGGACUCGGACCACUCGCGGCCGUCGACGAAACCUACAUCGCCCUCAGCAGCAGGGCAAGAUGACCCCUUUACAUCCACCGACACGCCCAAGCCCAAGAACUUGAGAAUGUUCAGACAGAACGCGCCCCAUCCUCACAGGACCUAUUCGAAACCGACAUACCCACGACCGACGUCGAGUUUCCACCCCGCUGUGCUGUCUCAUGAUCGAAGCGUAAUCACACCCUCACCGCGAUCUGCACUGGAUGAAGCAAAUCAAUUCGUAGCAUCUGACAUAUACAAGACUAGCAACACUGGCGCCGGCCGUCUGAUCGAGUUCGCCGAGCCACAGCCCCUGACAGUCCUGAUCACGCGCAUUGCCCAUGCCAUUGGAUUGCCCAAGGGCUUUGCCGUGGCGAUCCCGCAGGGUCGGACAAUUGAGGACAUCAACAUCUCGAGCGUCGCAACAUGUCCGGGCAGCGGCGGCGGUGUGAUCCGCGGGUGUCAUGCUGAUCUCGUGUUCACAGGGGAGUUGAGUCAUCACGAAGCACUGGCCGUGACUGAGCGGGGCGGAUGCGUGAUCUCUUUGUUCCAUUCAAAUUCGGAGAGGGGCUAUUUGUGGACGGUCAUGCGCGAAAGGCUGGAAAAUGAGGUGCGCGAAGAAUGGGACCGAGUGAGGACGGAAGAGGGGUCGAAAAGCGGAUUGGAGAAAGAGGCCAAGGAGAUGCUGGACGAUGGGAGCGUCGAGGUCGCGAUGAGUGAGAGGGACAGAGAUCCUUACGGUAUUGUGGUGCUCGAGGAGGCUGCGGUGGAAGGCGUGAGGAUUGGGUCUGGUUCUGGGUUGAGUGAGUGAUGAGUCGCGGUCCCAACAUACCUACAGCUCCGAUGUGCGCGGCACGAGAAGACGCUGGAUGCUUCACGGCUCACAUGGGUAAGGAAAAGCGAUAACGAAAGAAUCGACCCUGACUGGGACAUCCAGUCCUCAUCAGACGAAAUUGGGCGAUUUCACCGGUGCUUACCAUCGUCCACGGAGGUAACCGUUGUCCCGCAUGCAGUGCCCUUUUGGAUGCCAGCGUAAGGAUGCGAAGCCGCACCUGCUGACGUUUAGGAAUUGGCCGCAGGAGAGUUUGGCUGAAACGAAACGAGUGGCGGUGUCUUCCUUUCACCAACGUACCAUAUUACGAUCAACGGCUGAUGAUCGAAAGGCCACACGGAACAGUCCUCUCAUAUUCCACCGUGCAUGUGCACGUUUGAAAUUCCGGCACAACACGCUGUGAAGGAAGCAAGAACGUAGGCCAUCUAAGAAGUAUGGAAUGGUAUCUUGUGGGAAGUCAUGGGACACCCAUACCUAGUUAUGAUUACACCAAAGACCCUGCUUAUACCGGCUUGAUAUCCACGGAUAGGAAGCUCCAUCCCAU